GUAGCCAGGCCCUUUCUCAUUUGCAUCUAAUCCGUAAAUGCUCUGGCAGGUUCCAUAUUGUUGUUGUUCUUAUAUGCUGUGGUGGUUUGCGAACUCAGUACCUAAUUGGAGGUCUAUAUACGUUUCACCGUGGCUCUAUACAAAAAGUUAUCAUGUUUGUAUGUGUGAUUGGUUGCACGACAAUUAAGAUAAGGGUCCCCCAUUAUCAAAUGAACGUUCGCCUGCCUACCAAGCCAGGACAAAGCAGCCACCAAAUCAAUAAUUUGUCUUUUAGCUAUAUUUUAGAGAGAGAUGGAUUAGAAGACUGAAAACAGCUGAAAACUGGUUCUGUCGGGCAGUAACAAAAAUCCACAUACCAGCACCUCUAACGCACAGUAUAUCAUCGUUGUUUCAUAUAUACAAAAACUGAAAUGUAAGACCAUCAAUUGGCCAUUUUAUGGGAGGUUAUGUGCAGGACUGUUUUUUGAUUUGUUGUUUUUUCCCUUUUUGUACAGAUUUUAAAAGCUUUAGAGAUACGGCUAUGUAUACUUUGUUUCAUUCAGCCAGAGCUCUAGCUUUGGAUUUUAGGGAAAGUCAGAAAAUGUGACCAUGGUGUUGACAAAUGCUGACAAAACUGACCUCUGAUAUGCAAACAAAAGUGUUUUUAUUGAUGCAGCUCUGUUGAGGUAGGUCUUGAUGGGCUUCAGGCCAACACAUCAUCAUUCCACAUCUGUGAUGUGAAAGGCUGCUGGAGCCCAGAGUGGUUUUAAGUUUCAGGCAGAAACCCAAAGGGUGAAGUUCAGAGGGCAAUCGUUUGUGCUUGCGUGACAUGUUUCACUGACUCUUAGAUGUUGGCUAUUUUUUGUCUUUCUGCUCCUUUUUGUCUGUCUUGGCUGUUUGUUGUUCUUCACAGAUAAUCCUUCGUUUAUAUAACCAUAGUUUACAUCAGACUUAAGACUGUCCACAUUUGAAAAUGCAGGUGUCCUGACCAGAGAAUGGUUCAAAGCAAGUCAAAGGCCAGAAACGUAUGGUUCACUUUAGAGUGGCCUGCCGUUGCAUAACAGCCGGCACCCACUGUGUCAGUAUGUUGUUUAUGUAACCAUGACUUAAAUGCAGAGAGGAGGGAGAAAUAAUUCUUAAAGAAAGAACAAGAUCGCAUGUCUGUUAUUGAACGCAGCUGCAUUAACUAGAAGCCUGCUGUUAAUGUUGUUAAUUUCUUAAUCUGUCCACGUUGUUUGCUUCCUCUAUUUUCUGUUCUCCCUUUUGAAUUUCUGCAUUUUUUGAUUUUAAGAAUAUUUAGGAUCUUCUGAAUACAAACACAAGUUCCAGAGAGGAGCUGCAAGACUUGUAAUGCAAACAGCUAUACUGGCUCUGUUUUACCAAGUUCCUUUAGCCUAGUACCAUUCUUAGACACUUCAGUCUGAUUCAGCAGAAAUAAUGGACCCAUCCUCUCAUACAUUAGUUGAUCUGUAGAGGCAGGCUUGGCAAGCACUCAGGGCAGCCGCUGUGGCCUGUGGACAGGGACUUCUGUUGUACCUCAGAUGCUGCAUAGUGACAGAGGAGAAACUGUGAUUCUGAUAGAGGAGAGAUAAGGGCCACUGGAACUCUGAAGUGUCUCUUCAGUGGUCCACAUAACCACUGCAAAGGUUGGUGUCAACUGUACAUGCCCUGAUUGUGGGGUUGUUCUGCCUGUACAUCCUGUGGUUCGAUGAUGCAGUCAACGCCAAUCCCGUCUGGGGUGACCCGAGUCUCGUCAAACUAAAUGUAGCCAUAACCUGUGGUUACCUCCUUUAUGACCUUGUGCUGCUGGCAUGUAAUUGGAGCACUAUGGGGGACAGUUUUUUUGUCUGUCACCACUUGGCGGCGCUCUAUGCAUAUGGUUAUGUGCUGACACGUGGCGUGCUUCCCUACUUUGCCAACUUUCGUCUCAUUUCAGAGUUGUCCACACCAUUCGUGAACCAAAGGUGGUUCUUUGAAGCAUUAAAGUACCCCCGCUCACACCGGCUGGUGGUUUUAAAUGGCAUUGCCAUGUCAUUGGUGUUUUUCCUGGUGCGCAUUGCUGUCAUGCCAUCUUACUGGGCCAGUGUCUUUGCCACCUUUGGCACUCCAGACUUUGAGCGGCUGGGCUUGGGUGCCCAGGUGGCCUGGAUCACGUCCUGCAUCGCCCUGGAUAUCUUAAACACUGUCUGGAUGUAUAAGAUCACUCGUGGGUGCUACAAGGUCCUGACCGGGAGAGGAGGACGAAAGGUCAAGGAAGGAAUGGAGGCAUCGUCUUCCUCAGACAGGAAGCAGGUCAACAAUCACACAGACUAAAGAAAUGUAGAACAAAGGAUAUGUAGACAUGGACAUGAAUAGGAAGGGAGGCUGGACGACCUCACAGCCUCUCUCUUUUGCUUUGACCGACCCGCACAAGCUUGAAUCUCCCAGUCUCAGCGCUCGACCUCCUUCUCAGCAACUGGACCGGCUUAGAGUCCUCAGGUUCUGACCCCGACAUGGGACAAGGUCCUGUUCUUUGACUCGCCAGAACACCAGCUUCUGUAGCCUCAAUGUUUUCACUGACAGGUAAGCAUUGCGCUGGGUCGGUCUCAGACAACAAGGUAGAACUCACAAGCACACUUUCAACUCUGUCACUUCCCUCUUUCGUCCCCACCACCAUUCUGCUCUCAUUUACCCUCAGUCUUCCCUCAUGCCCAACUUCAGCCAAAGCCGAAUUCUCUGAAGUGCCUGUGAAAGACAGGAAAGCAAUAAUUGUGGAGGACUAAGAUCUCAAAGUCUAACAGAGCUUCGUCCUUCAGAAGACAACCAUCUCUUGCUUGCUAUUGCUCCUGAACGACCAGCGGCUUCUUCUGCUGUUCAUACUCCGUCCACACUUGAGGAGACGUGGCCCACAGUGACGAACUCUCUCACCAGAUCCAUACAGCGUUUCGGAAAUCUAUAGGGCUCUUGUCUUAAACUUAUCAGACCUCACAAAAAGAGACAGCAAAACACCAUAAUGCCUCUUCUACAGUAUCACCUGCUGUGACCUCCUUGUAACAAGUGGCACCUGCCUAUAUCACCAGCCAUGCCCCUCCAACCUUCUCACAAUUUGGAUUAUAUGUUAAAAACUAGGAAUACACUUGCAGGAGAGAGAAAGACACACUCUCCAACAUCCUUAGCUUCUCAUGAGAUGAUUUUGCCUUUUUAGUAUUCAUUGGGUUGAUUCACAGCGCUGUACUUUGCCGUCUUUAUUCUCUUAUUUUAUACAGCCAGAAGUUGUAAGCGGUUACAGUAACUUGUCUAAUUCAUAUUCCAUCCAUUGCAACCCUCUGCCUCACUGGAUACUCCACCAUCCAGCUUGUGGUUUUGUUCUACCUCUCCUCCUGCCUUACAAAGACUUUCUCAAUCCCAUAGUAAUGAGAUAAUCAACAUUUUUGUUUUGUCUCUACUGUAAAAGUGAUUUUAGCAUUUAAGAUAUUAUAUGUUGUCACGUCACUGAUUCGGAGAGACUUCCUCGUUUCUCUGUCAGCCUCUUCAGAGCACCAUCACUUUUCUCACCAGGUUUUAUGCUUGCAUUUGUCUCUUUUUAAAAUGAGUAGAACAAGUUCACGCUCUAACCUGUAUGUGUGAACUUGUGAACUCUGCUCCGUUCCUCAAGUUUGCACACUCAUAGGACAGCGUGUGCAAACUGUACACUGUAUUUGAUGCCCUUCUAAAACACAGACAUGGUGCUCAAAUGCUAGCAGUAUGACAUUCUUCAAAGGUUUCUAGCUAGUAAUUAAUUGGAUUUACCAAUCUGUGACAACAACAGGCCAUCACUGUCAAAAGCAAUGUGAAGUCUGCAUGUUUUUGUUUCCUGUAUAAAGUGUAUCAUCACUAUAGAGCAUGGUAAGAUUGACAUAUUUCUGUGAUGCCUUAGUGAAUAGUGUCGAUAGAUGAAUAAGAUCUUAAUAUUAAUUGCAUUAAGCUAAUCGUUAAAAGGGGUUUGUCUUCCAAAACAGUGAAUGUUUUUGCCUCUCAGAUACUAAAUGCAUGUACUUUUGAUUCCUUUCUCUUCUCUUUGCAUGUCUGUAUAGCAUAUAUACAUACAGUAGCUAUGCAGGUACCUUUGGUAUGCUGUAUGGCCAACUCACUAGUCAUUGCCAUCAGCUCUAUGGCAGUCAGCAUUACUUGGUUUUGCAGAUACAUUCAUUCUUGUCAUUGUACAGUCUAAUAACUACAUAGCUGAUGUAAUGGCAGACAGAGAUACAAGAGGAUAUUUCAGAUUGGGCUUUUGUUGCAAAACUAGAAAUUUACUAAAGACAAGCUCACAUGUUUACUCCUGUUUCCUUUUUUCUUAAAAGGGUACACAAACGACUUAGGAUUGCAUUCCUGUAACACAACCACAGAUUUUAGCCAGGUUUCCAUCUAAAUGUAGUGCAUAACAAUUAAUGCAUAUUGAAUAUUAUGAAUAUUAGGAGUUGGUACAUCAAGUUGAGGGUUUAUUUCAGUGUUUUCAGUUAUGUAUGAAAACUGGUGGGUGGAAAUGCACUUUUUAUUCCACACAUUAUUUUUCCUCAUCAGGACUUUGUGUCUACAUUACCCAAAAUGCAAUUCAAUCACCGUCAGUUCUGUUGAGAUUUGAGUGUGUCAAGGUAGCAGCAGCUAAUGUAGCCUCGAGCCACUAGCGUCAAGCAGGGAUGAUGAGCGGGCUACAGAAGUCCACACCCCACCAUCAUUCUUUUUUCUUUUCCUUUUUUUUUUCUGUUUCAAACUCUCCAGCCCCAGUUGACACUGACUCACAUGACAUCAUGUGAGGACUUCACGCAGCUCCCUAUUAGUGCUCCUUGAGACACGUAAACAGACUUUGAUGUAUAAAAUCGCUGGAGUUGCCCUUUAAGUCUUUGUAUCUCUAGUUGGAUAGAUAGCUAUAAUAGUGUGAGAAUGUCUGGUGUUUUCACUGUGGAUCUAUAAAGCACACUCCCUGUGGAGCAAUAACUCAGUGAUCUCCUGUAUUUCUGUCUGUCACCACAGAGGAGGGGCUACAGUAUCUUGUGCCUUUAUACAAAUGGUGGAUAUGAUGCAGCCAGAUUUGGAUUAGCAUGACCUUUCUAAUGUAAUACCCAGUGAUUAUUUUCUCUGUAUUUCAUAUGUAUACUCUCUGUAUAUAUAUUUUUAUAAUCUGCCUGCACAAUGAUUAAUCCGGCCAAGUAUUAUAAUCCAAAGCCGAUCCUUCUCGGGGAGCUUGUUUCAUGUUGAUUGUUGUGCUCUGCUCAAUGGAGGGGUACGUCUCUGUGAAUGUUGUGAUGGGCUAUUUAGUGGCAUUAAGAUAAGCUCACAUUGUCGAAGAUGAUAAGAAUGGAAAUCAAACUGUACUUUUUGAUUUAUGCUCUUUAACAAAUGAGGAAGGCUAACUUCUCAUUUCUCCAGCCUCCUAAACUCAAAGCUGUGAAUAGUUGAGGAAUAAACCUGUAAUAUUGUUCAGUGACAGCACUAUGAAGAUGAGACUACAGUGUUUGAGAUUUCCUGAAACUGGCUGAGCAGUGAUGCCAUUACUCUCGUAGCAGCAUCCUGUGCUUUUGAAUGAGUUUAGACUGAGACUGCACUCAAAUGGAGGUCUCAUGCACAAAGUGAAAACUCUUAAGAGUUACAGGAUAUUGUGUGGUUGUCUGUGUACUGGUCAGACUGGGAUUUUUUUGUACUUGUCAGGGUUUUCUACAGAAUAUAUUUCGAGACCUGCUAUUUGUGCUGUAUCUCACGCCAUGGGGCUAUUUGAAAACAGAAUGAAUUAAUGGUGAAUUUGAUAAGGCUGCUAUUGGAACAAACCCACUGGCUUUGUUUCUUUGGGGAGGCCACCAUUCAUUAUAUAAUGAAUAUCUAUACCUAUAUAGCAUAAAGGUAUAUACAAAUCGGUAUAUAUCUGUGAUCCAGUAUUGAAACCAGAUGCACACUGUACUAUUUAAACCUCUGUUGUGGUCAUAUUCUUUGUUCAUUUGGUUGACAGGAUGUCAUUUUGGCAUCAGAAUCUGGUACUUCAGCUGUGCUUUCUGUCGGUCUUCCCAAGGUUACAUGGUACUUAGGCAAAUAGUAUUUUGCCUUAUUUUUUUUUUCUUUCUUCAAAUUAAAUCCUAGUUGUGCAAUGACAUCGAAUGGAUUGAUUGAAUUUCAGUUUUAUGUGGAUGACAACACUUGUAAAAUGUUGAAGGAUGGCUGAAAAAAUUGCAGACAAACUAAUUAUCACAGAAAAAAAAUGUCUCGAAUGACUUGCUAGUGUAGCGUUAUCUUUCUUCCCUUGUCUAUUUUUAUUUUGUCUUUUAAUGCAAUGCAAUUUCUUGUUUUGAUCUGUCUAUAUUUUCUGGAGAUUUUAAUGUGAAACAGCCUACACUACACACACACACACAGCCUUUAGGGUCCAUGUCUGAGCAUUACCUUGGGACUUGGAUUGUAGCUGUCUACAAUGACCACUACUAAUGAUGAUGAUGUAACUGUAGUGCUGAAAGCUGAGACUUACUUGAAAGUGUUGCUCUUCAAUAAAGUUGAAGACAGGAAACUAA